UGCGGCCUGCGGCCUAGGUUUCCGCGCGGCGGCGGACUCGAGUACAGGCGGAGCGGCCCGGCCCGCGGUCCCGGCAGCGCCAUGAGCGUGGAGGCGUACGGGCCCAGCUCGCAGACUCUCACCUUCCUGGACACGGAGGAGGCCGAGCUUCUGGGCGCCGACACGCAGGGCUCCGAGUUUGAGUUCACCGACUUCACCCUUCCCAGCCAGACUCAGACGCCCCCGGGCGGUCCUGGAGGCCCCGGGGCCGGCGGCGCUGGAGGCCCGGGCGGCGCGGGCGCUGCGGCCGGACAGCUCGACGCGCAGGUUGGUGGGCCCGAGGGCAUCCUACAGAAUGGGGCCGUGGACGACAGCGUGGCUAAGACCAGCCAGUUGCUGGCAGAGCUAAACUUUGAGGAGGACGAGGAGGACACCUACUACACCAAGGACCUCCCCGUCCAUGCGUGCAGUUACUGUGGGAUCCACGACCCCGCCUGCGUGGUGUACUGCAACACCAGCAAGAAGUGGUUCUGCAACGGGCGUGGGAACACCUCCGGCAGCCACAUCGUCAACCACCUCGUGAGGGCCAAGUGCAAGGAGGUGACGCUGCACAAGGACGGGCCACUGGGCGAGACGGUGCUGGAGUGCUACAACUGCGGCUGCCGCAACGUCUUCCUGCUCGGCUUCAUCCCUGCCAAGGCCGACUCGGUCGUGGUGCUGCUGUGCAGGCAACCAUGCGCCAGCCAAAGCAGCCUGAAGGACAUCAACUGGGACAGCUCGCAGUGGCAGCCACUGAUCCAGGACCGCUGCUUCCUGUCGUGGCUGGUGAAAAUCCCCUCCGAGCAGGAGCAGCUGCGGGCACGGCAGAUCACCGCGCAGCAGAUCAACAAGCUGGAGGAGCUCUGGAAGGAGAACCCGUCAGCCACGCUGGAGGACCUGGAGAAGCCAGGCGUGGAUGAGGAGCCGCAGCACGUGCUCCUGCGCUAUGAGGAUGCCUACCAGUACCAGAACAUCUUUGGGCCGCUGGUCAAACUGGAGGCUGACUACGACAAGAAGCUCAAGGAGUCCCAGACUCAAGAUAACAUCACGGUCAGGUGGGACCUGGGCCUUAACAAGAAGAGAAUCGCCUACUUCACUUUGCCCAAGACUGACUCUGGUAAUGAGGAUUUAGUCAUAAUUUGGUUAAGAGACAUGCGGCUGAUGCAGGGGGACGAGAUCUGCCUACGCUACAAGGGGGACCUGGCGCCCCUGUGGAAAGGGAUCGGCCACGUCAUCAAGGUCCCUGACAGUAUCCUCCACGCCCGGAGCGCUGGGGCGAGCAGACAGCACACAGACUACGGCGAUGAGAUUGCGAUUGAGCUGCGGAGUAGCGUGGGCGCCCCGGUGGAGGUGACCCACAACUUCCAGGUGGACUUCGUGUGGAAGUCGACUUCGUUUGACAGGAUGCAGAGCGCACUGAAGACGUUUGCGGUGGACGAGACCUCCGUGUCCGGCUACAUCUACCACAAGCUGCUGGGCCACGAGGUGGAGGAUGUCAUCAUCAAGUGCCAGCUGCCCAAGCGCUUCACCGCCCAGGGCCUCCCCGACCUCAACCACUCCCAGGUGUAUGCCGUGAAGACGGUGCUGCAGAGGCCUCUGAGCCUGAUCCAGGGGCCGCCGGGCACUGGCAAGACCGUGACCUCAGCCACCAUCGUCUACCACCUGGCACGGCAAGGCAACGGGCCGGUGCUGGUGUGCGCCCCCAGCAACAUUGCGGUGGACCAGCUGACGGAGAAGAUCCACCAGACGGGGCUGAAGGUGGUGCGGCUCUGCGCCAAGAGCCGUGAGGCCAUCGACUCCCCCGUGUCCUUCCUGGCGCUGCACAACCAGAUCAGGAACAUGGAUAGCAUGCCAGAGCUGCAGAAGCUGCAGCAGCUCAAGGAUGAGACCGGGGAGCUGUCGUCAGCGGACGAGAAGCGAUACCGGGCCCUGAAGCGCACUGCUGAGAGGGAACUGCUCAUGAAUGCGGACGUCAUCUGCUGCACGUGUGUGGGUGCAGGCGACCCUCGGCUGGCCAAGAUGCAGUUCCGCUCCAUUCUCAUUGAUGAGAGCACGCAGGCCACCGAGCCCGAGUGCAUGGUGCCUGUGGUCCUAGGGGCCAAGCAGCUGAUCCUCGUGGGCGACCACUGCCAGCUGGGCCCUGUGGUGAUGUGCAAAAAGGCGGCUAAGGCCGGCCUGUCACAGUCGCUGUUUGAGCGACUCGUGGUGCUGGGCAUUCGGCCCAUCCGCCUGCAGGUGCAGUACCGGAUGCACCCUGCACUCAGCGCUUUUCCCUCCAACAUCUUCUACGAGGGAUCCCUGCAGAACGGUGUGACCGCAGCGGAUCGUGUGAAGAAGGGCUUUGACUUCCAGUGGCCCCAGCCCGACAAGCCCAUGUUUUUCUACGUAACUCAGGGCCAAGAGGAGAUCGCCAGCUCCGGUACUUCCUACCUGAACCGGACGGAAGCUGCCAAUGUGGAGAAAAUCACUACAAAGUUGUUGAAGGCGGGUGCCAAGCCAGACCAGAUUGGCAUCAUCACUCCCUACGAGGGCCAGCGCUCGUACCUGGUGCAGUACAUGCAGUUCAGCGGCUCCCUGCACACCAAGCUCUACCAGGAAGUGGAGAUCGCCAGCGUGGACGCCUUCCAGGGCCGAGAGAAGGACUUCAUCAUCCUCUCGUGUGUGCGGGCCAAUGAGCACCAGGGCAUUGGCUUCCUCAACGACCCCCGGCGCCUCAAUGUGGCCCUGACCAGGGCAAGGUACGGGGUCAUCAUUGUCGGUAACCCGAAGGCCCUGUCAAAGCAGCCCUUGUGGAACCACCUGCUGAACUACUACAAGGAGCAGAAGGUGCUGGUGGAGGGGCCCCUCAACAAUCUGCGCGAGAGCCUCAUGCAGUUCAGCAAGCCGCGCAAGCUGGUCAACACCAUCAACCCGGGAGCCCGCUUUAUGACCACCGCCAUGUAUGACGCCCGUGAGGCCAUCAUCCCAGGGUCCGUGUACGACCGCAGCAGCCAAGGCAAGUCCGCAGGGGGAACACACACUCCUGGGAUGGCUGCCCCUGGACUGAGUCCCUCCUUCAGUGGUCGUCCCUCAAGCAUGUACUUCCAGACCCAUGACCAGAUUGGCAUGAUCAGUGCAGGCCCCAGCCACGUGGCGGCUAUGAACAUCCCCAUCCCCUUCAAUCUGGUCAUGCCACCCAUGCCACCGCCUGGCUACUUUGGGCAGGCGAAUGGCCCGGCCGCAGGCCGGGGCACCCCAAAAGGCAAAACAGGCCGCGGAGGACGUCAGAAGAACCGCUUUGGUCUCCCAGGACCCAGCCAGACCACGCUCCCCAGCAGCCAGGCCAGCCAGGACGUGGUCUCGCAGCCCUUCUCGCAGGGCGCACUGACACAGGGCUACGUCUCCAUGAGCCAGCCCUCACAGAUGAGCCAGCCAGGGCUCUCCCAACCGGAGCUGUCCCAGGACAGUUACCUCGGGGAUGAGUUCAAGUCCCAGAUUGACGUGGCGCUAUCACAGGACUCCACGUACCAGGGAGAGCGGGCCUACCAGCAUGGCGGGGUCCCUGGGCUGUCCCAGUAUUAGAAGGCAGCGGCGGAAGAGCUAAGCGACGUGGCUUAGUGCAUCAGCAUCUUAUUCUGGGUAAUAAAAAAUAAAAAUAAAUGGAUACCUGUUUUCCACUGCUAAAACUGAAGCACCACUGUGAGCAACAGGAGAGGGGAGAGGAGCAGCGAGGGAGAGGAGGAGGAGGAGGAGGAGCAGCAGCAGCAGCGAGGCCACGCGCCACUGCCGGCCCACGGCGAGGAGACAGAGAGUGCCGACGUGCCCGCCCGCCCCCGGCGGCCCAGCCUGAGGCCGGGCUCCUGCGUCCACACGCGUCCACCCGGGUCUGCGAGCGGGCGGGCGGGCAGAAGACCCUCAGCUCAGAGUAGCCCUUUCCUCUGUUCUUGCUUUUAUUUUCUUCUGUCGAAAGGGGACUACGUUUUAGCAGGAGAAACUCCACACUUCGUGCAGAUCAGGCUCCUGGGGGGUGUGGUGAGCCCUGCCAUCUGCUGCCGCCGCCGCCCAUGUUCUGAAAGGGUUUCAUUUGAAGAAAUAAUGGUGUUUGGGAUUUUUGUUUUGUUUGUUUGUUUUAUUAUGUUUUUAAAAGAUUGUUUUAAAGGAGUACUGAAAGCUACACUUUUCCUAAGUUUCUCUCUAAAAUCUUAACGGUGGACCUGGGAGACACAAGAAGCUUCCAGAAGCAAAGUUUAAACAAGCCAACAAAACUCAAAAUUGGGACGGCACCCAUAUGGACCAGAGCGAGCGAGCGGGAGGAGCAUUUUGGGGUCUAGCUUCGGCGUCAGUCAGCUUGCAGCAAGACGAACGGGCCAUGAGCCGAGCUCUGCUGGACUCUGAGCAGCAAAGCCGCCCCUUGGCAGGCGGGCAGGCCCGCCGCCCUGAGCCAGUGCUCCAGGCCCAGCCAGGAAGAGCCUCUCAUGGGGACAGGGCCUGGCGGGCAGAGACCAGAGGGUGGGAACGCAACCGCCCUGCUGGAGGCUGUUCCCUGGCCCAGGACCCAUCUGGAGAACUUAUCAGAAGGGCGCCUACAAGGUCCAUGGGCCUUUCCCAAGAGGUGGGCCACCCCAACCGGAUCCCCUUCAUCUGCGAGGCGCUCGGCCACAGUGGGCUUGGGCCUGGUGUUUGGGGGAGAAGCACAUUCAGAGAAGCCCUAGUGGCGGGGAUUGCAGGGUCGGCCCCUUGGCAGGGCAAGGGCACCCAGCCUUGGUGAGGCUGUGAGUGGUUCUGGUUGGGAGACCCGCGCUCCUGCAAACUGAAGUUGGGGCUUGGUCUCCAUGGCACCCACUUACUUGGUGACCCAGAGCCCUGUGGCUGUCACUGGCCCAGCCCUGCCCCUACCCUCUGCCCCUUGGUGAAUGCUUGCCUCGGCUCCGCGCUUUCACUUUGUUCUGUGCCUUCGGAGCGGCGCUCCCCCGAGUUCGACAUCUUGGAGCGCUCGCCAAGGCUGUGUAACUCUUGAUUUUUGGUCAAUUUGUUUUAAGCUGUUUUGUCACCAAUAAAAUAUUAAUAAGCA